AUGGAACAAAUGAAACGACCACUAAGCGGCAUUAUCCAUGAUAACAAGAGACAAAAGAAAGAAGAAAUAUAUAUCACAAACGAUGUAACCUAUGCAGAUAAUAAAAGAUGGGAACGAUUAAUAUUAUCUCAUAUGCCAAACUUACGUGUAUUUGACAUUCUACAUGAAGAUUGGCCAAAACAUGCUAAUAAUAAUCAAUUAGUAUUAGAUACACAGAUCAAUCCAUUUACAUCUUCAUUUUGGAUCGAACGACAAUGGUUCUUCGAACAUCAAUGUUAUCACUUAAGAUAUACAGAUUGUACAAUAUUCUAUUCAAUAAAUCCAUACAGAAGAAAGAAUUAUGUAUUAUAUGAGCAAUCGAUGGAAACAACAUGUUUAAACUCUGACAAAACUAAUCUGAAAGCAAGUCAAUGUUGGCAACAAAAAUUAUAUAAGCUAAACCUGUUAGAAACAUUAGUCAAUGAUUAUAUCUCAAAACAAGUCGGUUCAAAAUUAUACUUAUGGUGGUAA